AUGCUCAAGUCAAUCAUCGUCCUUGCAGUAGCAACCUUUUCUCCUGCCGUCCUAGCAGACGUCUGUAAAGCAAACUUCAACUUAUUCUUCUUCAGUUGGACAGUCAAUCUCAGCGGAAUCAACGGAGGCUGCGACGCGACACUCAAUGGCAUGAAAUUCCAGCAGGUCAUGCAGGCCGAGGGCGGUUGCGCUGCAGUCACCAACUUCAGUUGCACAGAUCCUGCGGAGGGUGGUACCACUUUCACGUUCAACCAGUCGGACUUUUGUAGCGGAGGAGCGAUUGCGGAUGCGGUGAGGCAGGUGUUUGGAACGGAUGAUUUCACCUGCUCGGGACAAGGUCCGGUUUGA